AUGAGAAUUAUUAUAGUGUUAAUAUCGUUAUUUAUAAUUUAAAUAAUUAAAGCUGUAGAAUAAAAUUAUGAAGACUAACAGUUUUCUUUCUCUCCUUUAAUUUAAUAAUUUGAUAUAAACUAAGUAUAGUUUUACUCUAAAGCCUUCGAAAAUCAUAUUAAGAUCUUUUGUUUGUUUGAGCCAACUUUAAUUUAAUCUAGACAUUUUGUUUUCCAUUUUAGCUUUUAACUUAAAUCUAAAUUAAAUAAGAAAAUAAGAUGGAUAAUGGUGUAUUUAGAUCAAGCUAUUUAGUCAGGAAUAAUUGAAGAAUAAGGAAUAUAAAUAUUUUAACUAAGUACUAAAUACAAAUCAAACUAAAAUACAAUUUUAUCAGAUCACCUCAAAUAAAUCGAAAUGACUUUUUUUAUUGAUGAACAAGAAAUUAAUCCAACUACUUUAGUUGGUUAAUUUGAAUUUUUAUACUUGCAUAUUAGAGAAAAUUAUGAAACUACUAGUAAAAAGUUUAGACUGUUGUAAACAAAAGUGUCUGGAGCUUGCUCUAUAGGUUAAUUUAAAAAUAAAGAUAGUACUUGCGGUACUUGUACAUCAAAUUGCAAUUUCUGCUCAGAUAGUGGUUCUAGUAGUUGCUUUGUUUGCAAAGAUACUUAUUACUAAUCAGGAACUAAUGACUUUUUUAGAGUAAAAGGAUCCUGUUCCAAUGGAUCUUCAGGUUGUGGUUCUUAUCAUACCAAACUUAGUGGUAAAUGUUGUCUUUACAAUUGCAAAAGUUGUGACUAAUACGAUAAAUGCUUAACUGCAGGUACUAAUUAAAUUUUUAACUAUAAAAAUAAUGACCUGUAAACAAAAUCAGGUGUUUGUCUAAGUUCUGUUAAUUUAUAUAACGCUGCUUGCGUUUGCGCUCCUGGAUAAUAUAAUAAUAGUGCUAGCUCUAUUACUUGCUCUGCUUGUCCUACUAACUGCAACAGGUGUGGAAAGCCUUCAAGUACAAUUAUAUGUGUUAUAUGCAAGUCAGGAUACUAUUUAUCUUCAUCAGGAAAUUGUGUUCAAUGUGGACCAAACACAUUUACAUAAUAUUUAUUAAGGGAUGAUCUUGCAGAUGAAGGUAAUCCUUUUUCUUAUUGCUUAGACUGCGACUCUUCUUGCAAUGGAUGUACUAAUUAUGAUUAAUAUAGUUGUAUUGAUUGCAAAGCAGGGUGGUAUAAAUUUGUUUAAUUGGAUGGUAAAACAAUAUGCAUGGAUUGUUAAGCUAGUUUAGGAUAUUUUGUGAAAGGCGGUCAGUGUUAUCAAUGCGGACCUAACUGCUAAGCUUGUAAUCAAAAUUUAGUAUCAGAAUGUACAAACUGUUUGUCUGGUUUCUAUCUUAAAGUUGAUACAAAAACAUGUGAUCCCUGCAAUUUAGAUUAUUACUAUAAAUCUGCGAGUCAAUGUCUUAAAUGUGUUGAUAAGUGUAAAACCUGUACUUCAGGAACAUCUUGCACUUUAUGUGAUACAGGAUUUUUUGUAAAAGGAGGCAAUACUUGUGAUCUAUGUAGCUCAAAUACAGGUUUUUAUUAAGAUGUUCCUAACAAUAAAUGCUUAGCAUGUGCAUAAUUUUGUCUAAAUUGUACUGGUGGUUAACCAUAAAACUGUACUUAAUGUUAAACAGGCUACUAUAAAUAUGAUAAUAAUACAGAAAACAAUCCUGCUGAUGAUUAUUGUAUUGACUGUAAUUUAUCUGGUGGAUAUUUUCUUGAUGGUACUACAUGCAGAAAAUGUUUAGCUAAUUGUUAAAAAUGUUCUAAUAAAUUAACCUGUGAUCUUUGUAAUACAGGUUUUUAUGUAGACCAAACUACUGGUACGUGUAUAUCUACAUGCGAUUCUCAAGGAAAUUAUAUAUGGAACGGAACUCAUUGCAAAAAAUGUGAUCCUGACUGUCAGACAUGCAAAGGAGGUGCAAAAACAGAUUGCAUUAACUGUGCCCCCUCUAAAUAUAAAUUCGAUUAAAAUAACACUCCAGGUGAUACAAGCGAUGACAUAUGUGUAAAGUGUGAUCAACUUUAAUAAUUUGUUGAUAUUGAUAAUAUAUGUAAAAGAUGCGAUCCUACAUGCUAAACAUGUAACAGCACUGCAAAUACAGGAUGCAUUAAAUGCUAAUCAGGUUUAAGCAAGAGAAAUAAUGUUUGUCUGAAUUGUUCAACCAUUUAAAGUACCUAUGUUGAUAUCGACCAAUGCAAAGAUUGUGAUCCUUCUUGUAAAUCUUGCUCAAAAGCAGGAAAUUAAUGUGAUGUUUGCAAAUCUGGUUUUUCUAGACAAUCAAAUAGUUGCAUAGAUUGCUCAAAACUUUCAAAUUAUUAUGUAGAUUUCACAAUUAAUAAAACAGAAGGAGAAUGCAAGUAAUGUGAUUCAUCUUGUGCAACUUGUUCUGACGGAACCCCUACUGGCUGUAAAACCUGUGCAAGUGGAAAAUAUAGAUUAGGCAACUUAUGUGUUAGUUGUAAUCUAGAUAAAUAAUUAAAGAAUGAUAAUACCUAAACCUGUGAUUCUUGCGAUUCUUCAUGUAAAACAUGCUCUGACAUAACAUAGACAGGUUGUAUACUCUGCGACGAUUCUAAAUAUAAACUUAGUAAUCUAUGUAUAGACUGCACUUAAGAUAAGUAUUUUAAAAAUGCAUAAACAAAAACUUGUGAUAAAUGCUUUCAGUCUUGCAAAACUUGUUCAGAUGCUCAAGAAACAAGCUGCUUAUAAUGUGAUACUAAUUUUUAUAGGUUAGAUAAUAAAUGCGUAACUUGUACAUAAGAUAAGUAUUUUUAAAAUUAAUCAACUUAGACAUGCGAUUAAUGCCAUCCAUCAUGUAAAUAAUGCUCAGGUUCUUCUGAAACUGAAUGCUUGAAAUGCGAAGUUGGAUAUUAUAAGUUAGGAAAUAAAUGUGUUUAGUGCAAUUAAGAUAAAUAUUUUAAAAAUGAAAACACAUAGACUUGUGAUUAAUGCCAUUCUUCCUGCAAAACUUGUAGUGACUCAACUAAUCUUGGUUGUUUAGUUUGUGAUGAUGCCAUGAAAAGAUAUUAAGAUGGUACUUGCUAAGUAUGUGAUCCAGCUAAUUCACCCUAUUUUAUAUCAGGUAAUAAUUGCUUAAAAUGCGAUUCUUCCUGCUUAACAUGUACUGGUGAUAAAGAUACCUAAUGUACUUAGUGCAGUAAUCCUGCAUAUAAAAUAAGAGAAGUAGUAAAUUAAUGUAUGCCAUGUCCUGAUAGUUACUUUUCGAUAAAUAAUUAUUGUUACAAAUGUCAUUCUUCCUGCGAAACAUGUUAAGGUUCUAAUGAUGAUAAAAGCUGUACUAAAUGUAAAGCAGGAUUUAAUUUCCAUUAAGAUAAUACAUGUAGUGAAUGUUUAGUAAAUAAUAAAUUUUACAUCGAUGCUAAUGAUAAUGUAUGCAAAAGUUGCGACUCCACUUGCUUGACAUGUACAGGACCUAGUAAAUUCGAAUGCAAAAAUUGUGAUGGAACAUUAAAAAAGCUCAAAGAUAAUACUUGUGUUGAUUGUCCAUUAAUAGGAUUCUAUGUAAACGGUGAAAGAUGCUACAAAUGUGAUUCCACAUGUAAAACUUGUGAUGGUGAAAAUGAUACUAGUUGCACUCAAUGCUAAGAUAAUUUAUAUAAAUUUAUUGAUGACGGAAAAUGCAAGACUUGUAACAAAGAAGAUAAACUAUAUAUCGACACUCAAGAUAAUAAUAUUUGUAAGCACUGUCAUACUACUUGUAAGGAAUGCUAAAAUGGAACAGAUAAAGGCUGUACUAUUUGUAAUGAUAACCUUUAUAAAAUGAAAGAUUAAACCUGUUAAACCUGUCCUGAUCAACACUUUUUCAAAUAAGGAGAGUUUUGUAUGGAAUGUGAUUAAUCUUGCCUCACAUGCUCAGAUAGCACUAGCAAAUGUAGCAAAUGCGACAAUACUAAAGGUUACUAUUUUGAAGAAAAUAAUUACUGUAAAAUAUGUGAAAUUGAUAAGUCUUUUUAUAUUUCUGGUGAAUUUUGCAAACCUUGUUUCUCAAAUUGCGGUACAUGCUUAGGCGGCUUAUCUACUGAAUGUAAAACUUGUUUAAAUCCUACUGAAAAAAUGAUGCCUGAUAAUAGCUGCAAGGUUUGUCCAACUGAUAAUUAUUUUAUACAAGGAGAUAGAUGUGUCCCAUGUGAUCAAACUUGUAAAUAAUGUCAUGGUGCUUCUGCAAAUGAAUGCACACUAUGCUAGAAUGGAUAGUAUUUAUUUAAAGAUAAUUCUUGUGCCACAUGCCCUAGUGAAGGUUAUUUUAUAAAGGAUAUUAAUUGUUUUUAAUGUAGUUAAAAUUGUAAAACUUGUACAAAUGAAAAUAAUGAUGGUUGCUAGUAAUGUAUGGGAAGUAAAAAAUUAGAUAAAAAUAAUGUUUGUAUAGAUUGCCCAAUAACUGAAUUUUACUAAACACCUACUUAAUGUCUUGAAUGCCAUUAAAAUUGUCUCACAUGUACUAAUGGAGACUCUACAAGUUGUUUAACUUGCAAAACUGGAUUUAGAAAAAUGUUAGAUGGUAGUUGUCAAACAUGUCCCUUAACUAAUUUUUAUGAUGAUGGAAUUAAUUGUACUCCAUGUCAUCCCUCAUGUGAAGUUUGUAAAGGACUUACAGAAAAUGAUUGUUUAAAUUGUCCAAGUGGCAAAUAUUUUAUGCCAGAUAAAACUUGCAAAGUAUGCCCAGUAAAUAAUCAAUUUUACAUAGAUGGCUUAUAGUGUGUACCUUGUUUUGAAGGCACAUGCUAAACCUGCUUCGGAAAGGAAAAAAAUUAAUGUUCAACAUGUUAAUCAGGACUCUAUUUAUAUCCAGAUAAUUAAUGUGGAAGUUGUAGUGAAAAUUAUUAUUUCAGGGAUGAUCAAAAUAAGCUAUGUAAGAAGUGUGAUCCAUCUUGUAUGACUUGCCAUGGAGUACUUGAUACUGAAUGUGAUUUAUGUGACACAAAUAAAUAUAAAUAUCCUGAUUAGAAAUGCAGAGAAUGUGAUAUAAAUAAUAAAAAAUUUAUUUCGCAAACAAAUAUAUGCUUAGAUUGUGAUAGUUCUUGUAAGACUUGCAACAACGAAUAGCCAGAUUAAUGUAAAUCAUGUGAAAGUAAUUUAUAUUUUAAAGAUAGUUUAUGUUAAGUUUGCCCAGAUGAGCACUUCUUCAUUUAAGGGACUUAGUGUUUGAAAUGUGAUAGUACAUGCUUAAAAUGUUCAAAUAGUAAAGCAACAGAUUGCAUAUCUUGUGUUAAUAAUACCUUUAUUAAUGAGGAUUCUUAACUUUGUAAACCAUGUGAUACUACUAAUAAAUAUUUUUAAGAUGGAUUUUAUUGUAGAAAGUGUCUUCCUUCAUGCAAAACUUGUAAUGACACUAGCAAAUGUUUAACAUGUGAUGAUGGUUUGUCCUUUAUGGAAGAUGGUACUUGCAAAGUAUGCAAUACUGAUCAUGGCUUCUAUAUAGAAGCCAGUACUAACACUUGUAAAAAAUGCAUUUAAAACUGUUUAAAAUGUUCAAGUUUAACUUCAUGUGAUGUUUGUUAAAGUGGAUUUAUUUUAAGAAUAGAUGGAUCAUGUGGUAACUGUGAUUCAAACCAAUAUGCUGAUUAAAAUUAAAAAUGCUAAAACUGUCAUUCAUCUUGUGCCACAUGUAAUGGUCCAGAUGCAACGAAUUGUUUAAGUUGUUCAAAUAAUUAAUUAUUUAUCAGAUUAGAUACUAAACUAUGUGACAAAUGUGACUCUAACUAAUAUGUUGAUGGAAAUAAAUGUGCUAAUUGCCAUUCUGAUUGCGCUACUUGUUCAGGUCCUCUUGAUAAAGAUUGCAAAACAUGCUCUAGCAGCUCAAAAUAAUUUUGUGAUAAUGCAAAAGUUGUGGCAUUUGGAAAACAGAAUAAUAACCCAUCUUUAACUUGUGAAAAAUCUUGUUUAACUUGUAACUCAACAUGCAAAACUUGUUUUUCUUCUACUGCUUAAGGAUGUAUGGAUUGCUCUAUAGGAACACUCAAGACAGAUUUUUCAUGCUCUGUUUGUGGUAAUGGAGAAUAUUUAGACUCAUAAGCUAAAACAUGCAGGAAAUGUUCUGUUAAUUGUAAUCAAUGCACAGGGUUAAAUUAAUGUACUCAGUGCAAAGAUGGAUAUACAAAUGUAUCUGGUAAAUGCUACUCGUGCCCUCCUGGAUAAUUUGUUGAUGUAGAUACAAAAUGUAAGUAAUGCCACUCCGAUUGCAAGACAUGUAUUAAUAAGAAUAAUACUGACUGCUUAGUUUGCAGUGAUUCUAGCAAAUUUUUAAAUUAAAAUAAUUUAUGUGUUGAUAAAUGCGAUCUUGGAUAUAUUAGGCACACAGUUUUAAAUAAAUGUGUUAGAUGCUAAUAUAAAAUGAUAAACGGUAAUUUAGAAUGUCUUGAAGAGUGUCCUGACUAAAGUGGAUGUUCUAUUACUUGCUUAGACAAUUCUUUUAAAUUAAAUGAUUAAUAAUGCUAAUGCAACUAAAAUUAUUAGUUUAUUUAAAAUUCUGUUAACAAAUGUGAGAUCUAAUGUGGAAAAAAUGCAAUAAAAGUUGAUUAAAAUACAUGCCAGUGUUAGGAUUUUACUUAUGAAUUUGUUCCUUUAUCUAAAACAACCUGCCGUGUCAAGUGUGGACUUAAUGCAGCUAAUGUAGAUGAAAAUACUUGUGCUUGUAAAAAUGGCUUUUCAUUCAAGCCAUCUACAAACAAUACUGUUUGUUAGAUUGAUUGUGGGUUGAGUGCUUUUAGAGUAGAUGAAAAUACUUGUUAAUGCAAUCCAAAUUACAAAUUUACUACUGGUUCAAAAAUAAAUUGUGAAAUAAUUUGUGGUUUCAAGGCUUCUCAAAUUGAUAGCUAAACCUGCGGCUGCGAGAAAGGUUAUUCUCUUGUACCUUCAUCAAAGACAGAAUGCUAAAUAGACUGCUUAGAUAAUACUGACAGAGUAGAUAAUAAUACUUGCAAGUGUAAGUCAGGUUAUAGCUUUGUUUAAAACUCUUAUGUUUAGUGUUAAAUUAAUUGUGGUCUUUUUGCUUAGAAUAAUGAUAUUAAUACUUGUAAAUGUCUUUAAGGGUACGAGUAUCAGGCUAAUUCUUAAAUAGAUUGCUAGCUAAAAUGUUUAGAUAAUUCAGCCAGAGUUGAUGCUUCGACCUGUAAAUGCAAUGAUGGAUUUGAAUUUGUUAAAGAUUCAAAUUCUCAAUGUCAAAAAAAAUGUGGUAAUUACGCAAAAAACAAAGAUUUACUUACUUGUUAAUGUCAGGAUGGUUAUGAAUUUGUAUUAGGCAGUAGUACAGAUUGUAUGAUAACAUGCGGUAAACAUGCAUCAAGAUUAAACAAUGAUACUUGUACUUGCGAUACAGGUUAUCAAUUUGUUUAAAAUUCCUAAAGAGAAUGUUAAAUUACUUGUGGAAGAAAUGCAUCUAAUAAAGAUUAAGAUACAUGUAUCUGCAAGAACGAAUUUUAAUUUGAAUAGAAUUCAAAUACUGAUUGUGAAAUAGUGUGUGGUGUUAAUUCCUCACCUCUUACAAAAGAUUUAUGUCAGUGCAACUCAGGUUAUGAACUUGCACCUAAUUCUUUAGCAAACUGCUAAUUAAAAUGUGGUGCUAAUGCUAUAAAUAAAGGAUAUGAUCAAUGUGUCUGUAAAACUGGAUUUUAGUAUCAAAGUGGUUCAUAGAUUGCUUGUGAAAUUACUUGUUUAGAUAAUGCAUUAAGAAUAGAUGCAAAUACUUGCUAAUGCAACUCUGGUUAUGAAUUUAUUCCUAAUUCUUAAGUUUAAUGCAGAAUAAAAUGUGGUAAUAAAGCAAUUAAUAAAGAUCUUAAUACUUGCCAAUGCUUACCAGAUUUUUAAUUUUCGUAAGGAUCGUCAAUAAGCUGUGAAAUAUAAUGUGGAGCUUUUGCAAAAUAGAUAGAUUUAAACACCUGCUAAUGUGUUAAAAGUACUUUUGCUUUUAUUCCAGGAUCAUAAACUGCUUGCUAGCUUUCCUGUGGUAAUAACGCUUUAAAUCAUCCAACUAAAAAUGACGAAUGUAUAUGUAAAGAAAACUUUUAAUUUGAAUAAGGUUCAGAAACUAAUUGUGAAAUAGUAUGUCAAAAUAAUGCUAAAUAGAAAAAUAAAAAUGAAUGCUCUUGUACAAAACAAGGUUAUGAAUUUUAUCCUGGAUCUAUAGUCAAAUGCAGAAAAAGAUGUGGGGAUAAUGCCAUAUAAUUUGAUGAAAAUAAUUGUCAAUGUCCAUAAGACUUCUAAUUUGUUAAUGGUUCUGACUCAGAUUGCGAAAUAAAAUGUGGAAAAAAUGCUAAUAGGAUAAGCUCAAAAUAAUGCUAAUGUAUAGACAAAUUUGAUUUUAUAGAAAACUCUAUUACAGAUUGUAGAAUUAAAUGUGGUUAUAAAUCAGUUAAUUUAGAUGAUCAUAAUUGUACCUGCGAAAAAGGAUAUUAUGCCCAACCUGGAUCUUUGACUGAGUGUUAACGUUUUUGUGGACCACACUAAGUGAAUUAAGACAGAGAGAACUGUAUUUGUGAAAAAGGAUUUGAGGCUGUACCAGGUGUUGCACCACUUGAAUGUAGCAUAGUUUGUGGACACAAAUCUGUAAAGGAAUCAUAAUUUAAGUGCAAAUGCGAAAAUGGAUAUUAAUUAAAAGAAGGUUCUCUUUCUGAAUGCAGCGUUAAAUGUGGGUAAAAUGCUAUUAAUGACAAAAAUAAUAAUGACAUUUGUGUAUGUAAGGAUGAGAAUUAUUAAUUUAUUAUAAACUCAAAUAUUGAUUGUGAGUUUAAACCAUAUCAAGAAGCAUCAUUCAGUGCAUCUAACUUAAAGUACUAUAGUUCUUUUUAUAUUAUAACUGGCUUGUCAUUUUUUUCUUUUGGUUUGCUUUUGGUUGCUUGGAAAUUAGAUGCCAGGGAUAUGCUCCGAGUUAUUCCUUCGAAAUCACAUUUGCCAACUUUUUUCCUUGAAACUUCAUAAAUAAAAGUUUCACAUCUAGUAAAUUUUAGCAACUAGCCUAGUAAUAUAAGAAACGAUGAUGAAAAAGCUCAAAAUAAUUAAUAUAAAAGAAAAUAGCAUAUUUCAACUAUCCUUAAUGCUACUAUAACAAUGAAUCAUGACUAAACAGCUCCACUUGAUUUUUCAGAUUUUGAUAAAGCACAAGAAGCAAAAAACGCUACUACUAUUUAAUAAUUAAACAUUACUAUUGAUAACUAAGAAGCCACUAAAAAUUAACUUGAUUUUAGUGAUUUCGACAAUAAUCCUGAAAUGUAGAAAAAAAUAAAUGAUAGUAAAAUUUAUGUAAGUACUAAAUAGAAUUCCUCAAUUUUAAUGAAUAAUUUAAAUUCUUCUGUUUUAAACAAUACCAGUUAAUUAUAAUUAGACUAAUAAAAUGUGUUAGAUUUGAACUAAUCAGCAAUAGCUUAAUCUCCUAAUUAAAAGCAUAUGAAACUAUCAUCACCUGAUCAACUAAAAACAAAAGCUACUCCUGUUUUAAACACAUCAACUCCUUUCCCUUAUACAUAAAAAUCUAAAACUGAAAAAGGAACAUCAUUAUUUGCAAUUAUUUGGUUUAAUCAUGAAUUUGUUAGUAUAUGGACUCGCUAUGAUAAAGAUUUAUCUAGAUCUUUAAGAUCUUUCUUAAUCCACUUGAAAUAGAUAUUCUAAAUAGGGAUAAUAUCACUCUUACCAAUUUAAUAGAUUGGAAUAGGAAUUGUAACAGCAUUUGCAAGUUCUAUUGUAUUCUUGGCUAUUAAAAAACUCAUAAAAUUAUAUGGAAGUACUAAAAGUUUAGUGGCAAGAAUCUUAAAAUAUAGUAUUUUAUUAUCUUUAUCAGGCUUACUUUAUUUAGCCAGUAUCUAAAAACUCAUCGACUAAACCUCUCAUAAAGACUCUUUUGGUAGCCAUAUGAUAUCCUUAGCAUUUCUUUUAAGUACUGGAUUAGAUUAAAUAGUAAUCCAACCUAUAAUAGCUUUAAUUUCUUAUAAAAUGCAAAUGAAUAAAGUAUUUGAUCUAAGCCCAACUAAAAUAUGA